AUGAUGAUGAUCGUUUUCCCAUUGAUGUUGAUCAUUCAACUAUCGCAUCAGCAAACAUACAUAGAAAAUCCCUACUAUCCACCACAUGGAUGUUUGAAUUACGGUUAUGGCGACGAGUAUUAUUACGUAUGUGCAUCAAGCGACUGCGUUUGCAAUAACGGAACGAGCGGUACUUCAUGCAGUGUAGUUGAGGACCAAUGUGCUACAUUAGACCCUUGUCCCAGCGUCGGUGGAAGUCACUACACAUGCACACCUGGCGUUGGCUCGUACAAGUGUGAGUGCGCCAGCGGAUACACAGGAGAAAAUUGCGAUGAAAGUGAGAUUUCCUGGUUUUCUCCUUUUUCAUAG